AUGCUUUCUGCCUCCUCCCCCAGUGCAGCUUGUGGUUCCUGCAAAGAUGCGACUUGCGUCACUACACGUCAGCCCCAGCAGCAUCUGCCCCCUGUCCACAGCCACUCAUACAGCCUCUCAUGUACCGGUGAUCGGGCAGACAGCGCAAGCAACUGCCCCGGGUGCAUGGACACCAUGCCCACUCAUCGCCACCUUCUGCCUCGCAACUUCAGCUGCACGGCCGUGCUGUACGGGGACAGCCCAGAAAACCUGGAGGAUGAUGAAGAUGAUGAUGAUGGAGAGGAACUCGCAGAUAAGAGCAAGGAGCAGAGCAAGCCAGUCACCCGGGGCAGAGAGGUUUCGUUAGCCCCUCAAAGUCCCACUGCACGCAGGAGAGCCAAAUCCCUUCCAACCCCAGCGGAGAGAAGACAUCUGGAAGUGGUCGCCCCUAGAAAAAAGGUGGUGAGAUUUGCAGACUCCCUAGGGCUGGAGCUCACCUCUGUCCGGCAUUACAGCAACGCAGAUCUGCCCAGGGUUCCUCACCACGUACUGGCCGGGCUGCGCUGUGGGGAAGCAUGUCCCGCGGGGGCGGAGCUUAGUGCACUGCUGUUCCGCCCUGUCUCUAGCUCUUUUUACUUGGACCCACUCUUUACCAACCCAGGAACGAAACCUGACUUUUUGGAUGUGGUCAGACAGCGUAGAGUGUGCUUAGAGAGCCUUCACACUGACCCAUUCAGCAUUACAGGGGAGCUGAGGGUCCUCAACCUGUCCUACGAGAAGGAGGUGGUGGUCAGGUACACAGUGGACUCCUGGAAGACCUCUAAUGAGAUCUUGGCUGGGUACCAGAGGGGAUUCAGCGACAGAUACACUGACAAGUUCUCCUUCAAGCUGCUGUGCCCUGCCUUACUCAACAAGGAGGGGUUCCUGGAGUUUGCCAUCCGGUACCGGGUGUGUGGAGCCGAGUAUUGGGACAACAAUGAUGGGCACAACUACAAGGUCAAGAGUCAAAGAGCCACUGUCUCUCCUCCCAAGGAACUGGAUAGUGCUUGGAUCCAUUUCAUCUAAGGUCGACUGGAGGGGAAACCAGAGGUCCAGGUACCCCACUUAUGGCAUUAGUUCGUGUGGUGGUGCCACUAGGUAUUGUCCCUGUUACAAACAUGAGGCAUUUAGAGUGAAUUGGAGGUGUAAUUAAGAAAA